UCCUCUUACUUCUUCUUCUUCUUCUUCUUCUUCUUCUCUCUCUCUCUCAUAUUCGAGAUUUCGAGCAAGACUAAGAAAGCAGUAGCAAACGAUAGGAUCAUAGGAAAUUGACGAAUGGAAAUAGCAAAAAGCGAUGAAAUUCAAGACAUUCACGAGCUCCAGGAGGAUCAAUGGGAAGAAAGAACCCUUAAUCUUCUUGCAGACUCGAAGAUCGACCAAGAAUUUUCGGCGGCUAAAUCCCAGAAGAGGGGGCGAAGAAAGCACAGCCUGAAAUGGAUGAGAACUCCAAUGGCGAUCCCUGAAGUUAUUCUUGAGCUUCAAGAGGAAAAACUCAGGGAAACAGCUUUGCGAUGCCUCAGUACUUUCUUAAUCGAGCGGAGGGAAGAAGAUCCGGAGAACUAUUAUAGAACUGGAUUCUUGCUUUAUCAUUCCUGUGGUACAAUGGCCAUCUUAGUGCAGGUUUCUGCAAAGACAUCGUUCACUCAUCAUGUUUGUAUUUUAUUUAUCAGAAAACCCAAAAAGGAAAUAAGAGAGGUAGUGUGUUCUUUGAAACAGGAAAUGGUUGCAUUUUUUCAAAAGAUGACAGAUGGGAGUCUUAAUAUAAGAUCUUCUAAGCGUCUUGCAAAUGUUAUCACCCUUUUACAGAGCAUUGCUGCUAACCAUGAAACAAGGUGGAAACUUGUCAAAUCUCGUGUGCCAAACUUCUUGGUACCUCUGAUACUGUUUCAGAGCCCAUUGGAGGUAUUUCAUAAUGUUCGAGCAGUUGCACUUUCUGUCAUUGGGAUUUUAUGCCAGACUAGAGAUCGGAAGGUCAUCAAAUGGGCUAUUGAAAGCAACAUGGUGGGAAUCUGUCAGAUAUCCAUAAAGAAUGGAAAUGAACUCUCCAAAGUGAUUGGAAUGCACAUAUUGGAAGCAAUACUGCAAGAUUGGUCAGGGAUAUGCUACAUUUGCAGUCCAAGGAACAACCAUCUGCUAGGAUUGAUGGAAACAUGGGAUAAUCUGGUUGCUCUUUUGGCUGUGUAUCAAGAUUUCUCUCCUCGACUCCUCUUUCACAUUAUUAGAUGCUAUGUUCUUCUCUGCAAUCAUAUGAGGGGAUUUAAUAUUGUGAUGGCAAAACUUCCCAAGCCACUUUUGGAUGGUUCCUUCCAAGACAUGCUAGAGGAGUUCCCAGUAAUUCGGAGUUUGCUUCACCAUUUGCUGCUAACCAUUGGCAAUGCCGAGAAUUGCUUCCUUACAACUCCCUAGAGUUCUUUGUAUAUACAUUUGAAUCAAGCUUGAGUCCUAGAUGUGACAUGAUUCUUUUGUAAUGUGAAAAGUUUGUAACAAGUAGCAUUUUAUCAUCGAGGCUUUA